AUUUUCCUAUCUUACAAAUUUUUCUAUUUUUGGCUUUUUAGCUCCACUCUUGUUACAAUAAUUAGUUAUAAAAAUUCCCUCCAAUUUCCAACCUGUCAAAUUAACACAAAACACCAAAUCACACUAAAAACAUAACUCACUCACUCUUAACACACACAGCCAAAUCCACUCUGUUUUCUUAUUCUCUCUCCUCUCUACCUUUUCUUCCACUUCACCCACCUUUUAAAUCUUCCCAAAAAAGCAAUCUUUUCGAUUUCAACUCAAUUUUUAUUGAUUUUAAUAAAUACCCACCAAUCAAAAAUAUGUCUAAUUCUGAAGGUCAAGAAUUGGCAAAGAAACCAUCGCCGGUAAAUGACGUGGAGUCAACGGAGAGAGAAACUCCACCGCCGGAAUUAACGGCGGCUGAGGCAGAGGUGGUCGGAAUUGGGUCAGUGCUCCGUAGAUCACGGAGAGAGAGUUUUGUCAGAAAAGUGUCAGUAGGAUUAAGAGCUUUGGGAUUUGUGUUUUCUGUACUUUCCUUCAUUAUUAUGCUUAGUAAUAAUCAUGGCAAUGGGAGAAAAUAUGGCGAAUACGAAGAAUACAGGUAUUUGCUGGCUAUUGCGAUGUUUUCAACACUUUAUACAGGAUUGCAGAGUUUUAGGCAUAUAAAUCAAUUAUGCACAGGGAAAGAAUUUGUUGCUUUAAAGACUUCAGCUUGGAUUGAUUUUGUUGGAGAUCAGAUAAUGGCAUACAUGUUACUGUCAUCAGCUUCUUCAGCGAUUCCCAUGACAAACAGAAUACGGGAGGGAGGUGACAACAUUUUCACAGAUUCGUGUGCAGCAUCCAUAAGCAUGUCUCUCCUUGCUUUCUUUACAUUGGCAUGUUCAUCCCUCAUUGCUGGCUAUAAGCUCUCUAAUCAAUCUUCUAUAUGAAAUUUGUUCUUAUCAUUAUUCUUAUGUAUAGAUUCUUGAUUUUGAUUCUUUUAGUAUAUAGUCUUAGCCCUUUGUUCAUACCUGAUCAUUGAACAGACAUUGCCCUAUAUAUGUAUUCGAAACUCUACAGCUUCUCGAGCAACCCUUGUACCUUAAUCUUUUAUUCUUUUCCUAUGCUAUGUAAAAUACAUUUAUCUCUACUUAUAAAUGCUAUUGUAUUUGUAAAAAAAGUUCUUUCA